AUGGGCUCACUCUUGUCUAUAGUUCUACGCUCAGCGACGCGGAUUAUCCGCCCUAUAAUCCCGUCCAGUGUACUUUCUCUCCUUUCUGGACCAAAGCCGGUGCACCCCCUGCAAACGCUUCAAUUCGACAAGGAAGCGAUUCUGGAGAAAUACCAAGCUGAACGAGCAAAGAGGCUACGUCAAGACGGUGUUUCGCAGUUCAAAUCUGCCCGUAGCGGGGCCUACGACCGUUUUCGGCAGGAUGUUGCUCGUCCUCAAUCUCGAGAGCCCAUCGAGGCGGAGACAAAGGUGCUUAUUGUUGGGGCCGGGUUCGCUGGCCUGGUAGCCGCGGUGAAACUGGACCAGCAGGGCGUCCAGGACUUUCGGAUUGUGGAUAAGGCGGCUGGAUUCGGGGGUACCUGGUAUUGGAACCAAUAUCCUGGCGCUGCAUGCGAUGUCGAGUCCUUGAUUUAUCUUCCGUUUCUCGAAGAAACUGGCUACAUCCCGUCCAGGCGCUUCUGUUAUGGCCCUGAGAUUCGUGAGCAAGUCAACCGUGUUGUGGCCAAAUGGGACCUUGCGCGCAGAUCACAUCUAUCCACCGAGAUUACCUCCAUGACAUGGGAUGAAUCGAUCCUGCGAUGGCAUGUCAAGACCAACCACGGUGACCAUUUUAUCACACAGUUCGUGGUUAUGGCCACGGGGACUUUCCACGAGCCGAAGUUGCCGGGCAUCCCGGGGAUUGAAAACUUCAAAGGAGAUCACUUCCACAGUGGUCGUUGGGACUACCGGAUCACGGGUGGUGAUGAGACGGGCAACAUGAGCCAGCUGGCGAACAAGACUGUCGGUAUCAUUGGGACGGGAGCUUCCGCCGUCCAGCUGGUCCCCAAACUGGCACGGGAUGCGAAGAAACUUUACGUUUUCCAACGCACCCCAUCCUCAAUUCGAUUCCGGGACAACUCUCUCUACGAUACUCCGUCCCUGAAGAAGUCCCUGCCGCCCGGCUGGCAGAGGCAGCGGAUGACGGACUUUGCCAACAUCCUCACGGGCCAAGUCGUCGAUCAGGACUGCGACGCACUGGAGGGGCUACAGGAGCUAACGAUGAGGGCCAUUCUAAAAGAAGCCAGCGAUGCCGGCGUCACCGUUCAGCCCGAGCAGAUUCCCGAGUUGAUGCAGCUGGCCGACUUUCGCCUCAUGCAGCAGAUUCGGGGCCAGGUAGAUGAGAUCGUCAAGGAUCAGGAAACAGCGGCAAAACUCAAGCCCUGGUACUCGUUCAUGUGCAAAAGACCGACGUUUCACAAUGACUACUUGGCUGCUUUCAACAAUCCGAAUGUGGAACUGGUCGACACGGAUGGCCAGGGAGUCUCCUACCUCACCGAGACGGCAGUCGUUGCAAAUGGGCGGGAAUACGAGGUGGACCUUCUCGUCUACUCGACCGGCUUCGACUUUGACGUUGAAGCAAACUUCUAUCGGCGGACCGGGAUUCAGCUGGUCGGCAGCCGAGGGAGGACGUUCGACGAGAAAUGGGAUGAGAAGGGCCCGUCGACCCUCUUCGGAGUACACAUCCGGGAGUUCCCCAAUCUGCUGUAUGUAGGUCCCGCGCAGACAGGUGUGACAGCCAAUUGGACCCAUACGACCUAUGCAGUCGGGGAUCACAUUGCCGAAUUCGUGGCGAAGUCUCUGCGCGACGGGCAAUACCAGGCGUUUGAGCCCACGGAAGAGGCCGAAGAGGAGUGGGGAAGACGGAAUGAGGAGGGCAGUGAGAUGAGACUGCUGUUUGCCCAGUCCUGUCCACCCGGCUACUACAACCGGGAGGGGAAGCCGGAGGAAAUUCCUGCUCGCUGGGCGUAUUUCCCCAAAGGGAUUAUUGAAUGGACGAGAAUCACUCAAGAGUGGCGCGAGAAGGGAGACUACCAGGGAAUGGACAAGCGCUGA